AGGGGAGGAGGUUCUGGCAGCAAUGAAGCAGCUUCCCUGCACGUUUGCAGUGCUUUAAGACGCUAAAGGCUGCCCUGGUACCUCCCACACCCCAGGGGGUGUGGAUCCUCCCCUUGGCAUCCUUUUCCCAAAGUCUCCUUCUCCCCAUCCUGCUCCCUAUAUAUUUGAACCCCCACGGAGUUGCAUCUUCUCUCUUGACGUGCCCCGAGCAGGCAGGAUGCAGGCAGGAUCGGCUCCUUCUGCUGCUCAGGUGGGAUCCAACCCAGCCUCCAGAACAGAGAAGUGUGGAGCGUGUGGUCCUGGCUUCGCCUCGCCUCUGGAUGCCAUGAAAGGUCCCCGGGAGGAGCUUGUGUAUGUGCCCUGCAUCUACAGGAACACAGGGAGGAAGAAACCCGACUUCCUGGCCACUGUGGACGUCAACCCCCAAUCUCCACACUACUGUCAGGUGAUUCACCGCCUGCCCAUGCCCAACGUGGGGGACGAGCUGCACCACUCGGGCUGGAACACCUGCAGCAGCUGCUUCGGGGAUGCCACCAAGAAGCGCAACCGCUUGAUCCUGCCCAGCUUCAUCUCCUCCCGCAUCUACGUGGUGGACGUGGGAACCGACCCGCGAGCUCCCAGCCUUUUCAAGGUUGUCAACCCAGAGGACGUGUUCUGGAAGUGCAGCCUGGGCUACCCCCACACCUCCCACUGCCUGGGCAGUGGGGAGAUCAUGAUCAGCGCCCUGGGAGACCCGGCUGGCAGCGGGAAAGGUGGCUUUAUUCUGCUGGAUGGAGAGACCUUUGAGAUCAAGGGGAACUGGGAGAAAGGGGACAAGAUCCCCGCAAUGGGUUAUGACUUCUGGUACCAGCCACGCCACAACGUCCUGAUCAGCACUGAAUGGGGAAUCCCCAAAUGCCUGGGGUAUGGAUUUGACCCAACUGAUCUGAAGAAAGGGCGCUACGGACGCCACCUCAACGUGUGGGACUGGACCACUCGCACCUACAUCCAGGCCAUCGACGUGGGUGAGGAUGCGGCGCCGCUGGAGAUCCGCUUCCUGCACAACCCCGAUGCUGCCGAGGGCUACGUGGGCUGCACCAUCAGCAGCGCCAUCCACCGCUUCUACAAGACCAAGGAAGGAGACUGGGCGGCCGAGAAGGUGAUCCAAGUCCCCAGCAAAAAGGUGGAGGGAUGGCUCCUCCCGGACAUGCCAGGCUUCAUCACCGACAUCCUCAUCUCGCUGGACGACAGAUUCCUGUAUUUCAGCAACUGGCUGCACGGGGACGUCCGCCAGUACGACAUCUCCGACACCCGCAAGCCCAGGCUGGUGGGGCAGGUGAGGCAGCAGCAGGCUCCUGGUCGCAUCCCUCUGCCUGCUGGGGACAGUUGGGAUCAGUCCUUCCUCGCUGCCUUGGCCACCCAGACCUUGGCUCUCUCGCAGGUCUUUUUGGGUGGCAGCAUCACCAAGGGCGGACCCGUGACCGUGUGCAGGGAUGAAGAGCUGCAGAGCCAGCCAGACCCGUUUGUCAUCCAGGGCAAGAGGGUGCAGGGGGGACCGCAGAUGAUCCAGCUCAGCUUGGACGGGCAGAGGCUCUACGUCACCACGUCCCUGUACAGCGCCUGGGACAGGCAGUUCUACCCCGACCUCAUUGAGGAUGGCUCCGUGAUGCUGCAGCUGGACGUGGACACAGAGCGCGGCGGCCUCACGGUCAACCGGAGCUUCCUGGUGGAUUUUGGGAAGGAGCCCGACGGGCCCUGCCUGGCGCACGAGGUCCGGUACCCGGGUGGGGACUGCACCUCUGAUAUCUGGGUUUAGGCACCGCUGUGCAUCCAGGCAC